GGGAAUUAAGUGUAAGUGAAAAUGAAGGGGUCUUGUAUCUUGAUCAUCAGCUUCCUCCUCAUCCUCGCAGUUGUGACUGCCUCGGCGGAUGAAGGCACGCCGGCCGCCGGUUUCAUCGACGACGUAUUGUCUUUCAACUACUACACAAAUAGCUGCCCGGAGCUAGAAAAAAUUGUGCACAAUGUUCUCAAGAAGUGGAUCAAGGAGGAUUACACCCUCGCCCCGGCACUCAUGAGGUUGCACUUCCAUGACUGCGCCGUUAGGGGGUGUGAUGGUUCCAUCCUAUUGAACCAUGAAGGAAGCGAGAGGAGUGGCAAUGCAAGCAAAUCAUUGAGGGGAUUCGAAGUAAUCAACGACAUCAAGAAAGAGGUGGAGAAGAAGUGCCCCAAGACCGUCUCCUGCGCCGACAUUCUCACCGUCGCCGCCAGAGACGCCACGCUCGCCGUCGGAGGCCCGUUCUGGAUGGUCCCCUACGGCCGGAAAGACGGCCGCGUUUCCCUCGCCAAGGAAGCAGACUCCAUGGUUCCCAUGGGGAAAGAAAAAAUCACAGAUUUAAUCGAGUUCUACCAAUCCAAGGGCCUAAACAUCCUCGACUUAGUCGUCCUUUCUGGAGCACACACGAUCGGGAGAACAUCCUGCGAAGCGCUACAGUUCAGGCUGUACAACUACAACGGAACAAACGGAGCAGACACGACAAUCAAUCCUCGUUACCUAAACUAUCUCCGAAGGAAGUGCAGAUGGGCGUCGGAAUAUGUGAAUCUUGACGCCGUUACGCCCAACACGUUCGACGUUCAGUACUACAAGAAUCUGCAGAAUGGAAUGGGGCUUUUGAAGACGGACCAGUUGCUGUACUCCGACCAGAGAACGGCGCCGCUCGUCGCCGCCUUGGCCUCUCAGCCGUCGGUGUUUGAGCACCAGUUUGCGGCGUCCAUGGUCAAGCUUGGCAACAUCCAAGACUAUGUGGAUGAUGAUGGUGAAAUUCGAGUUAACUGCGACUGUGUCAAUAAGAAUUAUUGAGUUUUGUGUGUUUUAUUUUGUCUUGGUUUUAAUUUUUGUUUCCUUUUUGUAACUUUUAAAAAUAUUUCUACUACAGAAAUUUUGAUAUGACCUUCCAAAAAUAUGUUGGUCUGUCUUUGACCAGU